AUUAAAAUUUAAAACAAAGGCUUAGAGGACAAAACUUAGGUACAGUGCCCUAAGUCCUGUUCAUACUGUUCUCAAUCAAAAAAUUACUGUUCUCCAGCCAACACAACGCAACACGAACAGACUCUUCUUCUCCCUCACGAUUGUAAGUUCAGUUUUCUCCCUCACCAGAACGCUAAACGCCACCGUUUCUCGCCGUCGUGACCGUAAGUUCUGUUUCCAUCCUAGCUUUUAAUCUCAGCCAUUAACCGGAGCAAAGCUGCGCUCUCUCUUAACACUGAAACAACGGCCGAAAUUGGUCUCCGAGAGUAUAAAACCCUUCAUUUUACCGUUACAUAUCUCAACGCCGAAACCCUAGCCUCUACAUAACUUGAUGUGUAACGGCUAAUUCCGUAGCCACAAUGGCGAAAAUCAGUUCCAGAGACGUUCGAGAGAUUGUAGAAAAUCUCUCAUCGGAGAAAGUUAAACCUCGCGAAGAAGGGAUCAAGUUGUUAAAUAGUUGGUUAGAAGGAGAAAGAUCAUAUAACUUCUGCAAAUUUAUUGGACUGAGUACGUCAAAGCUUAGGCCAGAUGAAGUUCCUCACUCUGAAACGUGGCCUUUUCUGGUUUCUUUGGUUAUUAAAGCUUCAUCAUUGGAAAUAUCCUCAAGUAAGCGGAGAAAUCCAAAAAUGAUAUAUGCAAAGACUCUUAGACUUAUUGUGCAGCGAGCAGAAGCUGCUAAGUAUUCAGGCAAAAUUCUGCCUUUGUCAUCUGUGGUCAAACCACUUUUUAAUCAUGUUUGGGAUGUCCUGAGCAAUGUUCCAAGCUUUCAGUCAGAGUAUGGGAUUAUCCUCCGGCAUCUAUUGGCAGUCAGGGAUUACAGUUUUCAGAUGAGGAAGCGCGUUUAUUGCAGCCUGGUGAUGCUGUACAUUGAGAAAGUUGAAGCAAGCUUGAAUGGGAAAAACAUAAGUCAUUUUACUUCCAAAGAAGAGGUCUUCCGCAAUAUCUUAACUCUUCAUUCACUUUUGGAUUAUCCUCCUCGAGACUACCCUGUUAAUCUACGAGAAGACAUUGUUAAGGGAUUUGUCAAGAUCUGUUCAUUCAUUAGGGAAGAAGGAAAGAUAUCACGCAAACUUGUUGAAUGUAUCAAUACAUAUUUGUUAAAUGAUGGUCCAAAUUUGGGCUUUCAGUUGUUGGAGAUUCAUAAUGCUAUGCAGGAGUUUAUGUUUCAAUGUUGGCUGACAACACAUGAUCGAGUGCUUAAGGAUUCCCUAAUGGUCUAUGCAAGGACACAGUUAAAUUUAAUUAGAGGUGCUGAUGAUAGGCAGUUAUUGGUAGAACAUCUUUUGGAUGUGAUUUAUAAGGAUCUUGAUCAGGGUAGCGUGUCUAGUACUACAAUGCCGCGGGUUGAUGGAAAUACCGAUGAUAAACUUGGAACUUUGAGUAGCUCACAAUGCGGCUUAGUGGAACUUGCAGCAGUUCUAUUUUAUAGGGCGUGUCUUAAUACAACCAGAGCCUCAUUAAGUGAAAAACGGGUUAAGAGAGAACCUGCUGCUGUGGUUUUGAGGGAGGCACUCAUGAAAGGAAAAUGGCUAUGGAAUGCUGCAUUUUGUUAUCUAACUCGAAACUUCCAUACUCGCAUUUGCAAAGAUCUGUUCCUGUACUGGUUUGAAGGCAUAUGGAUGAGCUUUGACAGAAUCCUUAAUUCUGCAAAUGUUGAUCGGGCCUACGAUGGUUUGUUGUGGACUCUGCGGAGUUUGCAGGAACUUUCGUCUGCUCUGUUGCUUCCAAAUUCAAUGAUGAAGAUAUCGUCAAUGCCACCUUCCACUUUGAAUGAGUUCAUGAAUGGUUGGAAAGUAAUAUGGAGUACUAUUGUGCAUGGGUUGCCGAUUUUCAGCAAUAUAGCCACUCUUGUGGAUGCUGCUUUGGCGCUUUUGAGUAAUAUAACAUCAAAUGAUUUAGUAGAUACAUGUCUCAUACCACAAGAUGUGUGGGAUCUUCAAUUUUUCAAAAGACCAACUUCAAUACCUAUCUUGCAUUUUUUCUCAUGUUACUUUUCAAGGAAAAAGUCUCAUACUGAUCUGCGGGAUAUUUUACAUCUUAGAAAGAACUUUUUGAAGGCAGUUUUGAAUCAUCAUGAUUGGAAGGGUUAUUCAAAAUUGUCUGAGCGGAUGGGUUUGUACCUGCCAAGUGCUAUGUUUGCACUUUGUGUAGGUUUUGUUACGUUCACUGAAUUCUUUAAAGAAAUUGGUCUAGUUCACAUCUCUUUCGAUGUCACUGAAUCUCUUGAUAAUAGUCAUAAGGUUGAAGACCCUAAACAUCAAUGUUUGCAACAAUUUUUGGAUUGCUCCGUAGAAGUUCUCACAGAAAUUCACAAAGUUUCCAAUGCUGAGGUUUCUGCGCUGCAAAUAUUUCCAGGCAUACGGGUUCCCCAAGAAAUAAGUGAUCAACUUUUGCUUGAAAUGGAGACCUCUAUUCUUGAAGUGUUGGAGCAAGAGGAAAAUAAUGAGACAGAUAUCCCUGAUAUUUUCUUAAAAUGUUCUCUCUUGUCUAACCUACUAUACGGUUAUUUCUUCACAAGGAAAAAAAAUGUUUCAUUUUGUUUGAAAUUAAGCCAAUACUUGCAAGUGAUGGUUGAUAAGGCUGCCAGUAUCAUUAAAAAAGACAGCUCUCACGGGGCCAGUUGCUUAAGUUAUGUCCCUACAUGUGAGGAUACAGGUUCUCUUGCUGCUUCUGUUCGUUGUUUUCUUUCAUCACCUAUAUUUUGUGAAUGGAGGGAUCAAAAUUUGGACUUUGUUCCAUUUGGCAAGGUUAUCACAUCUGUGGAGACACUUUUGAAAGAAUUUGUAAAUCUAUAUGAUGGUUAUUCUCAGCAUUUGACGAGUCUUCAGUCUGAUAUGAUCAUGCAAAAUACAGCUUCUACUGAUAGUUUGCAAAGUUCUCGUUCAUAUGACAUAAGUAAAAGCAGGAUUGUAGAUAUGGAGUUGGAUGUUAACGACGAUUCAAGAGAUGUGGAUAGCUUACUUGUCAAAAAAAUUGGAAGUGGCGUGUCAUCUUCUGUAGAGAAUUGGAAAGUUGGCAUGAUAUCACUUAUUUCCUUUUUUUUCUCUGCUUCACCUAAACUGACGUGGGAUACGCUCUAUAAACUAAUGGAGAAAGAGUCCGAUCCCAAGGUGCGUGGACAAAUAUUGCAUCAUCUCUGUGAACAUCCUCAUUGCGUGGACAAAUAUUCUACAAGAUUAAUAGAUUUGGUUAAUGUAAUGAGCGGUAUCAUUACAGAGCAAGUUGGACUUAAGCUUGCCUGUGGAAAUGUGUUGUCGUCUACCCAUGCUUUACUAUCUAAAUUAUUCUCCCUUGAUGCUGUUGGUAAGGAGAAAUGCGGCCCAUACUUAAGUGAAGUGACAACUAAACAGUGCUUUGAGUCACUAGGAAACUUGGUGCAUAAACUUUCAAAAAUUGAUCUUGAUUGGUUUGGACGGGUGAAGCUUAUUGAUUGCAUCUUUAAUCUUAUUUCACUCCACCCUCAAUUUUGUCAGACAAUGACAGACGAAAACAAGACAAUCAUAGACAGAUUACUUUUGAUGCUCAAUGAUAUGGAUUAUCGGGUUCGUUUAUCAUUUGCAAGGAGGAUUGGUGUGCUUUUCCAAACAUGGGAUGGCCAUGAUGAGCUUUUUCAGGACUUAUGUUCAAAUUUUGGCGUUCCUCUGGUGGUCUAUUCCAAAGGAAAAACUAUCAAUGCGAAGGAGGUUCUUGCAGCUGGUCCUCAGCCUCGACCUAUAAUGGAAACAGUUUUAAUUACUCUGAUGCAUGUUGCAUUACAUAGUGAGAAGGUGGAGUUAGAGGCUGUUUUUAUGAUAUGCGUGGUUUCUGCCAUUGAUCCUUGUCAAAGGGAAUUGGUCUGCGCUGUACUUGACAAUCUUUCUAAGGAGCUGAAGUAUACGACUAGAAUGAAGUAUUUAGAGGAACUUUUUGGAUCACUUCUAUUUUGUUGGGUAGCUUGCAGUGUAAGCUUGGCUGCACUUGUUGAGACAAGGCAUCUUUUUAUACCAGAUGCAGAACCUGGAAAUUUCCUUCAGUACUGUUGUCGAUGGCUUCUUCCUGCUCUGCUUCUUCAUCAAAAUAGUUCUGAUCUUAAUUGGGUUGCCAAGGUCACUUGUCAACCUGUGACAGUUCUUAUAAAACACCACUUUGCUUCGAUAUUUUCAAUUUCUAUGGCUUUGCAUUGCAGUAAGAAACCGGGAUCGGAGGGGGGAACUCGUGUGCUUCAGAGUUCUAUUCUUGAACUUGGUCAGAUUACUGUGAAAGAACGAGACGAACUCAUAAAGAGACAUUUGGUCUCGAUAGUCAGCUGUAUUUUAUCUUUGUGCUCUUGUUCUUCCGACCCUGUGGUCCCUUUCUUUUCCAUGGAUGCAGUGUCAAGUGUAAUUCAAACAGUUGUUGAUGGAUUUCUGGACUCGGAUGGUAGUCACACAACUGCUGCUGUUGUUGAUAAGAUCAACAUUUUUCGCCCUGAUAGAGUUUUCAUGUUUUUGGUAGAAAUUCAUUAUAAAAUUACAGCAGCGUCUCAUUACAGACAUAAGUGCCACCGAUUGUCUGGAAUUGAAGUGCUUAUUAGUGUUCUUGGUCAGAGAGUUACUGUUUUAAGCACAUCCAAUUAUCUUUUCAACUUGAUUGGACCAUUGAUUGGAUGUCCUGCUUUACAAGUCCAAUGUUGUCGUAUACUUUCUGCGUUGUUGAAAUCUUGUAAGGAGCAUUUAUCAGCUGAUAUCACUAGCAUGCUUGGGGAACAGCUCCAGUUUCUUGUUUCAAAGUUAGUGGCAUGUUGCAUUCCUUCUGAAAGGAAAGAAUCACUUGAUAGUUUUAUAUCAAAAGCUUUACCUCUGCUCCGUACGUUUACUUUGGAGUCUGAUCCAUCUAUGCAUGAUUACGUCAAAGAGUUAGAGCCAUUCCCCGAAUUAAAAAUAUUUGAUGAGAUACGGAAGUUUCAUGAAGAAUUAUGCCACACUUACUCUAUUCGUGACCACAUAUUGAAGUUUGUAAAGAGGUCUUGCUACCUUCCACCACGGUUACUUUUGUCAAGUCUCCAGGCAUUGCACAAGAAGUUACUGAUUGAAGAAACCUUUCAAAGAAGAGGGAGAGCAGGUCACUUGGAGGACAAGUAUUGGCAUGGUGAUCAUGAAAUUGUGCAUGCAGUUUGGACACUUGUUCACAUGUGCGGGUCGGAUGAUGCAAGUGGUGCCAGAGAAUUGGUUUCAGAUUUCAUUUCCAGGGUUGGUGCUGGGGAUCCACACUCUGUUGUUUUCCAACUUCCAGGCAAGAGUACUCGUAUCCAUCCGUGCAAAUCAAUUGAUUACUGCAGUACAGGGGAAACCAGUUACAACAUAGGCGUGUGCAUAUCUGAAGAAUUUUUAGUUGUCCUUAUUAAAUUACUUAUGAAGUAUCUGAUGGAUGAUUCAGUUAAAGUUGUUGAUACGGCAUCACAAACUCUUCGUGGAAUUCUUUCGACUGAAAGAGGCCAAAAAGCUUUACAUUCAUUUGAUUCUUACCAAAGGUCUCUUGUCAUGAUACAUUCCAAAGGCGUUAAUAUCGAACUUGUGGAAAAUUUACUAUCGGAUUUGCGUGAGAGGUCAAAAGUUGAAGCAAUUUCGUUGGAGAAGUCUACUGUGUGGUUGACAGAUGGUAAAUCUUUUGAGCCGUGGAUUUGCCCCUUGGCGUAUUCACUUAUUGUCUAUUGCAAUGAUGUGAUACUAAGGUUAUGUCAAGAUAUGAUAUUGUUGAAAGCUGAAGCUGCCGAGCUUCUUUUGCCAUGUAUAUUUGUCAAUAUUUCUGCGAGGAAGGACCUGGAGAUUGAUCUUCACCAAUUAAUUUCUUUGCAGUUGAAGGAGAAUAUAUUUGUGGAGUCAAAUAAGAUGAUCAAAUCAAUUCAAGUGAUUUUGAAUUGCCUUAAUGAACUUCGUGUUUGUUAUGUCAUGGAAAAAUCUUCACUUGUGCCAUCAAGGCAUGAAGUCUCCAAGAAUUCAAGACCUCCAAAUUAUAGCUCAAAAUCUCGGUCCACUCCUGCAAAGGCGAGACAGAGACAAUCUGCUCUUGUUUCUAGUGGCAUGGCAGAAUCACCGUCUUCAUGGGAGAAAGUUUAUUGGCUUUCAAUUGAUUAUCUUCAUGUUGCCAAGGCAGCAGUUAGUUGUGGGUCAUAUUUUACUUCGGUGAUGUAUGUGGAACACUGGUGUGAAGAGCAGUUCAAUGCAAUGACUAUUGGAGGUCCAUAUUUCUCUGAUAAAGAAAUGUUGCCUGAUCAUAUUGAAAUACUCGUUUCGGCAGUCACUAGAAUCAACGAACCUGAUAGCUUAUAUGGAAUCCUUCAGUGCCACAAGUUGACUUCUCAAGCAAUUACAUUCGAGCAUGAGGGAAACUGGGGUAAGGCUCUUGAGUAUUAUGAUUUGCAAGUUCAAUCCGGUGUCUUAUUACCAAUGGACAGCAGUUCGAGAAGUUUGUCACUGGAACAAACUGGACAAGCAAAAUCUUCAUAUUUUGCCUCAGCGGUUGAGAUGAGGCAGGAUAGAGCAUACAAAGGGUUGGUUAGAUCAUUGCAGCAGAUUGGUUGUACACAUGUGCUUGACAUGUAUUGUCAAGGGUUGACAUCAAGCAAGGAAGAGCUUUGGCAUGACAGAGAAUUUGCUGAAUUGCAAUAUGAGUCGGCCUGGCGUGCUGGGAACUGGGAUUUCUCUUUACCAUGUGUAGGAACUAGUUUUCCUUCAACUCAAAAUAUCAAAUAUGACCAGUUUAAUGAAAAUUUGCACAGUUGUUUAAGGGCACUCCAGGAGGGUGAUGUAAGUGAUUUCCAGAGAAAACUGAGAGAUUCAAAGCAGGAGCUUGUGUGGACUGUUUCUCAUGCAAGUGAAGAGAGCACAGAGUUCAUUUAUUUGACUAUCAUCAGACUCCAGAUGCUUUAUCACCUUGGCAUGGCUUGGGACUUACGCUGGAGAACUUGCCAAGAUGAUAGCAGAAAGUUCUCUCUUCAGAAGCGAAAUGUGUCUCUUGAGGCUGUGAUUCCUUCCAUUGAACAGGUUUUUUUUGUAUAUGGGCCGUUCAUGGCAAGAGAAUUUUUUAUCGCUAGGAUUUUAUGGCUACCUUUGAUUCAUAUAACCAACCCUGGAAAUUACUUGGUUAUUGUUGCUGUGGUAUUUAGACAUGGAUUAUACAUUCCUUCAGACUACCUUUUAUCAUUGAUUUUGAUGCUCUGCACUAUUUGUAUUGUCAAACAGUUGUCAUGGCUGGAUAUGGAUUGGUUCUCAAUUUUGCAACGGACGCAACUGCAUAUGAAUUUGCUAGAACCAUUUAUUCCAUUUCGACGAGUUCUACUUCAGACUUUGAGUUGUAGAGAUAGUAUGUUGCAACAUCUUCUGCAGUCUGCUACCACUCUUCGGAAGGGAGCUAGGUUUUCUCAAGCAGCUGGUGCUUUGCAUGAGUUUAAGUCUCUUUGUGUUGGAACCGAAGAGCAGUGCUUGUCUUUAUACUGGCUUGGAAGAAUUGAAGAAGCAAAGCUUUUUCGUGCUCAAGGUCAAAAUGAGAUGGCUAUCAACCUUGGAAUCUACAUAUCAAAAGAAAAUAAAACUAAUGAAGAGACUUCAGAUAUAUAUCGGUUGAUUGGGAAGUGGUUGGCAGAGACCAGAUCUAGCAACUCAAGAACAAUUUUGGAGCAGUAUUUGAAACCUGCAGUUUCUAUUGCUGAGGAUGUGAAAACUGCGGAUAAGAAGGCCAUGGAAAGGAGAUGUCAGACUCAUUUUCAUCUUGCACACUAUACUGAUGCCCUUUUUAGGAGCCAUGAAGAAAGGCUUAACUCUAAUGAGUGGCAAUCAGCAAUGCGUUUAAGAAAGCAUAAGACAGUAGAGUUGGAAGCACUCAUUAAAAGGUUUAGGAGUUCAACAAAGGGGGAGAAAACUGACUACACCAUGAAAAUCCAAGAACUACAAAAGCAGCUAGCAAUGGAUAAGGAAGAAGACCAGAAAUUACAGGAUGACCGGGACAAUUUUCUUAAUCUUGCAUUGGAGGGAUACAAACAUUGUUUAGUCAUAGGUGACAAGUAUGACGUGCGAGUGGUGUUUCGAAUUGUUUCCUUGUGGUUCAGUCUUUCUUCUCGAAAACAUGUUGUAAAUAGCAUGCUUAGCACAAUUGAUGAGGUUCAAUCCUUCAAAUUUAUACCAUUAGUAUACCAAAUUGCUUCAAGGAUGGGUAGCUCAAAGGAUGGUCAGGGACCUCUUAAUUUCCAGUUUGCUUUGGUUUCUCUUGUGAAGAAAAUGGCUAUUGAUCAUCCAUAUCAUACAGUACUUCAACUUCUGGCCCUGGCAAAUGGUGACCGUAUCAAGGAUAAACAGCGUAGUAGAAGUUCGUUUGUGGUUGAUAUGGACAAGAAGCAUGCAGCAGAAAACCUGCUAAAUGAAUUGUCAUCUUAUCAUGGAGCAAUCAUACAGCAAAUGAAGCAAAUGGUGGAUAUUUAUAUCAGACUUGCUGAGAUGGAAACAAAGAAAGAGGAUACCAAUAAAAGAGUGACACUACCAAGGGAUUUACGUAAUCUCCCAGUGCUAGAACUUGUACCUGUAGUGACAGCUACCAUUUCAAUUGAUCGUAGUUGUCAAUACCAUGAAGGCACUUUUCCUUACUUCAAAGGAUUAGCAGAUUCUGUUAUGAUAAUGAAUGGUAUAAAUGCUCCUAAAGUCGUUGAGUGCUUGGGUUCUGAUGGCUGCAGAUAUCGGCAACUUGCAAAAUCGGGAAAUGAUGACCUACGACAGGAUGCUGUAAUGGAACAAUUCUUUGGUUUAGUUAACACAUUCCUAAGGAACCAUCAAGAUACAUGGAGAAGAAGGCUAGGUGUACGGACCUACAAGGUUGUUCCUUUUACUCCAAGUGCGGGUGUUCUUGAGUGGGUUAAUGGAACUCUUCCUCUCGGUGAAUAUCUUUUAGGGAGCAUGAGAAAUGGUGGUGCUCAUGGUCGCUAUGGAGUAGGGGAUUGGUCAUUCUUUGAAUGUCGAGAGCAUAUGACAAAAGAAAGGGACAAGAGCAAAGCAUUUCAAGAGGUUUGCGAGAAAUUCAGGCCUGUCAUGCAUUUCUUUUUCUUGGAGAGGUUUUUACACCCAGCUGAGUGGUUUGAAAAGAGACUUGCGUAUACCCGAAGUGUUGCUGCUAGUUCUAUGGUUGGUUAUAUUGUUGGCCUUGGAGAUCGGCAUUCGAUGAAUAUUUUAAUUGAUCAGACCACUGCAGAGGUUGUUCACAUUGACCUUGGUGUUGCUUUUGAACAAGGUUUGAUGCUUAAGACCCCUGAACGGGUUCCGUUUAGGCUUACAAGAGAUGUAAUUGAUGGAAUGGGUGUAACUGGUGUCGAGGGGGUUUUCCGAAGAUGUUGCGAGAAAACACUCUCUGUUAUGCAGACAAACAAAGAGGCGUUACUGACAAUUGUGGAGGUGUUCAUCCACGAUCCUCUUUAUAAGUGGGCUCUAUCUCCUCUGAAAGCUUUGCAGCGUCAAAAGGAAAUGGAUGUUGAUUUGGAUACAAGUUUGGAAGAACCUGAAAAUCAGUAUGAGGGAAAUAAGGAUGCCGCACGUGCACUUUUGCGUGUAAAACAAAAGUUGGAUGGGUAUGAAGAUGGUGAAAUGCGAAGUACCCAUGGGCAGGUACAACAGCUCAUCCAAGAUGCAAUCGAUUCUGAGAGAUUGUGCCAAAUGUAUCCUGGUUGGGGAGCAUGGUUAUGAUGGGCCCUUUUGUUCGUUGCACCUUGAGUCAUCUUGUAUAUGCAUGCGGCUUGUGUUGUCUAUAUUCAUUCUUUUUCCCUUGGGUUGUAGAAUAAGCUUCUCUUUCAAUUCUUUUUUUUCUUGUGUUUUUAAUUGUUAAAUAAACGGGGUUAUACAGUGAUGUUAAAGGAUGCCAAAUUCAUAGCAUGUCACAUUUUUGUGUACAUAGAUGUAUUCUGGGCUAGCCAUCACUUUUUACAGUUGGCUUUUUCCAGCUAAGUCCUUGCAAUUGUGAAAUUAGUAACUAUUAUACAGUUGCAUUUACCAUAGAUCAAGAUAAAUUUGUUUACCAA